AACCGUCAGACUCCUGGACGAAGACACUGAAGCGUGGAAAGCGGACGCUUUCAACACCUCGCAGUUCCUUUUCUUUGAAGACACGCUUGGGGGCGGCAACGACAAUGAGGAGCUGGAGAGUCUUGAUAGGAGGAAGCGAUACGCUGUGGCAGACGAGAAUGACUUCGCGAACCUAGACAUCAACAUAAACCGCAACACCAUACUGCAGGACGCAACAGCGAAGCUCGGCAUAGAGAUUGAGUACGGGGUCACCAUCCUGCUGCCCAAGAUUACCACGGCAAUGCAACUGGUGGUGGAGGUGUUUGCUAUGGAUCCCAUCUCCGGCUAUACCGCCUUCGCCCUGUGCGACCUAGAGGUGACCAGCAUCGGCUCAAAGAUCACAACGGAGGGCGGGGGCGCCUCUCACCCCUGACCUGGUCACCACGACGAAGAUACCAGGAGACGACUUCGACCAUUUGAACAACAGAGCUAACGUCGACUUCGGUAAGAUUCUCAACACGGACACGUACAGUGAUGGGCAGACGGACUUCGCUGACAGCACCAUCAUCAUGAAAUUCUGGGUCAUGCUCAUCCCCAACCCCCUGUACACCAAUGACAGCGCUCUCGUCACGGUGGGAGCGCAGUAUGACAACGAGAACUACGUCUACGUGGGCACGGACAAGUUGAUCUACAACAUGCUAGAGGAAGUCUACACGCCGAAGAACACCCUACUGACUCAGUCCGCCACUAUAGCACAGUACAGCGGCGCCACAUUCGUGCUCGACUCUUACUUGUACCACCCCUUCGCCGAUGUCUUCUUCCAGGUGUCCAUCCCCUCCAGCACGAGCUACGACGCUUUCAGCAUCUCCAGCAUCGGCAUCGCCUUCAUGGGCUCCAACUUUGGCUGUUCAGGGGCCUCGAGAACUACUUACUAUCCGUCCAUCACCAACCUCACAAACUAUAUGGGCGAAUACUUCAUUCAUCUGCGCACUUCGGGUUUAACUUACCCGUUAAACAGCGCGGACUACCACGACAAUGCUAACUUCCAAAUCCAGUUCUUCUUCAAUGUGUACGCCAUGCACGCCGCGGUGGGCAGCACGGUGGACGUAGAUGUGGGGCUUGUCAUGGGGAUUACCUCCGUAUUCACAGACACUGUCACCCUCACCGUCACAGCAGGAGUGUCACCGCCAGUAGCGUUUGGUGAAGGAUCUUGGAGCUCUGCUUCGGCAAUCACUCCAACUACCGUGGAGGAAGGGCAGGUAGUCACCUGGGCCGCCACUUUCACGAUGGACAGCGGGGCAAACGUAGAAGUUACCUGCACACUGACAGACAACGGCGGGAACAAAGUGUGCGGCAUCGGGUACGGGAAGGUUGGGGCAAACAUCGCAGUCCUUCCCGCGCUGAGCCAAUACUUGGAAUUCACAGCGGACAACUCGGUCACCUUCACACUCUUCUUCAAUUCUACGGGAGAGGUUGCCAACUCAAGUGCGAACGCCGUGGAGUUUGAAUUCUCUGUCAUCGCCGGCGUAUCCUCAACAGCCAUUUCCAUUUCAUGCCCCACAGCAGGGACGCCCCUCGCUGAAACACUCUCUGCCACCGCUACCGCGCCCUCCGGUGGCGGCAGCGACGUCAAGGUCUGGAUGGAGUUUAUCACGCCCCUAAACGAUGUUUGGUACGAAGGGUCGCAGAUGGGUUUGUUGCUGAAACUCUCCUUUCCGGCUGGGGGAACACCUUACACCAACUUGGUUGUAGAGGGUAUCGGGGAUGUGGAAAAAACAGCGUGGGGUGCUCGGACGUGCGGCGCCCGGCUGAUCAGUGCGGGGAAGGGUGUGCCUUGCCUGACAGGCCACCAGUUCGCCAUCAAUACCGGAGUGGAGCUGAUUGACUCGCUACUGGGGCGACCCUUCGUAGACACUAGCAAGAUAGUGCUGGGGCCCGCCUGCGGCACCGAGAGAACCAUUGAUACUGCAGACACCGACUACGAGGCGGCUGUCGAGCUGUACUUCGACAUGCCGCAAGGACAGUCAGGCUUUCUAGGCGGGUCCUACAACUUAAGUCUGGGCGUGAACUUGGACAACCAAGUCAUCUGGACGGGAUGGGAUAUAACACAGUUAGAAGCAGGGCCGCCCACUGCUGAUACUUCUGCCAUCUUACAUUACGGCUUCCUCUCAGACAGCGUGCCAGCCAGCGACAUAGAACCCGGUGUGCCGCAGUUUAUUCAGGUGCUGCUAAGAUUGAAGCCCGAGAGCGUGAUGCUAUACAAGAUCACUGCCGCGGUGAGCAACACUGACAUCCUCAAUUUGUGCCGCAUCAUGGUCAUCCAGGCGGGUGACAACUUCCCGUGCUUGGACAAGAAUCCUUACGACAACAAGGACGAACUGUAUCCAACCAUCAGUGUUACGCACGACACUGACUGGGGCCUCAGUGCUACACUGGAUCUCGGCGUGCUCAAGAACCUCGGAAACAACACCUUUUUGAGUGGCAUCAUCGCAGAUGAGAAUGCCAUAGUGGUGGGCGUCAUGGUGAAGGGCGUGCUGGCGGGCACUGACACCCUCACAGUAAUCCUGGACAGCUCUGGCACGACCAGUGUGCUGACUCAGGAGCUCACUGUGGGCUCCGCGAUCACCCCGAAUUUAGCCCUUAUAUCCGUGACUCCUGUGCCUGUGGACGGAACAUCGAAUGCGUACGAAGGAGUAAUGAAGAUGGUGGACUUUGUGGUGGAGGUUCCCGAGGGAUACAAGAACACGCUCAAAGCCAUCAUCACCAACACCGCCGUGACGGAUAUGACAGUGUGCUUCGGAGCCGUGGUGGCGGUCGGUCAGAACCUUCCUUGCGUCAUUGCUUCUAAGAUCUUGGGCAACAUGACUGAGGUGACGCCCACAAGUGAGGUGUACGAGGUAGACAUGAAGGAGGUAUGCCACUACCCUUUCUCCGAGAAUCAAACAGAAAACCAGUUUACUCUGCGGAUCGGGGUGAUGUUCAUACCCAGUAGCGGUGAUACGGCCACCCUUUCGCUGGUGAUACAGGAGGGUGGCAGCGACCUUGCCCCCGUCACAUUUCAGCUUACCAAGCUGAGUGAGGCGUUCAGUGGUGAGGCUAACGAGACAGGGAUGCAGCUGGAGCCACUCAUUGAUGUGGACACGGUCACGCCCCGGGAUGCAGUUUUGGACUGGUGUGAACCUUACGGUGCCCAGAGACAUCACCUUCACUGCUGAGUUCGCAGUCGUGACGCCAACUGAUGCAGGGAGAGCAAUCGCCACAGUGCACGACUUCAGGAUGCCAGAAGAGAGUGUGGGCAAGAACAUCGGGUGCAUCCUAUCGGACCAAUCGUUGUACUCACGCGUCUUAAGCCAG